AUGACGAACCUGCUAACCCUGCUCAGCAGCCUCUGGGCCCUGGCCGUCGCCUCGCUCGCGCUGGGCGUGGCGGGCGCGGCGGGCGCCGAGCCGGUCCCGCGCGCGACCUUCACCGAGGUGACGAGCUACGGCGACAACCCGACGGGGACGCGCAUGUGGCUGUACGUGCCGCAGAACCUGGCCGCCGCCCCCGCCAAGCCCGCCGUCGUCGUCGGCAUCCACUGGUGCAGCGGCAGCGCCAGCGCCUACUACCAGGGCACGCAGUGGGCGCGCUACGCCGAGACGUACGGGUACAUUGUCGUCUACCCGCAGACGCCGUACACGCGCGACAACUGCUGGGAUGUCGCCAGCAAGAUGACGCUUACCCAUGGUGGCGGCGGCGCGAGUAACUCGAUUGCGAACAUGGUGGAGUUUGUGGCGACGCAGUAUGGUGCGGACCGGAGCAGGGUGUUUGCGACGGGGAUCUCGUCGGGGGCUAUGAUGACGAACGUCAUGGCAGCCACGUACCCAGAUGUUUUUGCGGCGGGCAUCGCCUACGCGGGAGUGCCGGCGGGCUGCUUCAUGAGCGUCGACGACGUCCCGGACUUCUGGAACUCGACCUGCUCGACGGGCGCGUCCGUCGCGACGCAGCAGCAGUGGGCCAACGUCGUCAGGGACAUGUACCCGGGCUACACGGGCCCGCGGCCCAAGAUGCAGAUCUACCACGGCAGCGCCGACCAGACGCUUAAUGUGCAGAACUACUACGAGACUAUCAAGCAGUGGACCGGCGUCUUUGGCUACUCGACCACGCCGGUCUCGACUACGGCUGACUUCCCGCGCAGCCCGUAUACUAAGUAUGUGUUUGGGGAUAAGUUGCAGACUUUCUUGGGCACGAACGUGACCCAUUCAAUCGAUGUGUUCCCAGAGGAGGAUCUGAAGUGGUUUGGUUUCACGACACCGGUGAGCCCGACAUCAGCCCCCGGAACGCCCUCGACGAGCACGACCUCUGCCAGCGCGACGACCACCGCUCCUUCCGGUGGCUCGGGAACCGCGCCUCAGUGGGCCCAGUGUGGUGGGAAUGGCUGGACGGGGGCAACAGCGUGCGCAAGCCCGUACACCUGCGUCAAGGUGAAUGACUGGUACUUCCAAUGCCAGUAA